GGGCCGCCGCGGCCUGGGCCGGAGCCGCGCCUGGCGGGGCCCGGGGGAAUGGGGUAGUUCUGAAACCAGCACAGAUGGCUGAGCUUGUUCAGAGGGAAAGAAGUAAAUACCUGGAGAAAAUGGCAGAGACUCUUGGAAUGUGUGCGCAGCUCUGACACAGGAAAUAGAAAGCAUUUAUCUUUUCCAGCACCCGUCCCGUACAGAGGUGAAAUAUUUGCAGUCUCAGACACCUAUGAAGGAAGACCACUCUGAACCACAGGAUUUGUGCAUCUUGAAGGAUGAUGACGUUUUGCUGUUAAAGCAGUUUGGUCACUGAGGGUUCCAACGGAAACUGCACCCAGACAGCAUCAAGUGAAUCAUCUGCAGGCUUGAGUUCUGCUUGACAUGGCCAUGUUGUACUAGGCCUGCCAUGACGGCAUUUUUUCCCAGUGUUCCCAACUGGAUUCAAGAUGCAAAGCAGGAGGACGAGGAGACAGGCUGGAAAUUAGUUCAUAGGCCAAGAGGUGAAGAGACUGAAAGUCAGGGAAAAUGCCAAUGUGAAAUAUCAGAGACCUCCUUCACCAAUGUGGACAAGCUGAGAACUCACACGCUUUCUCAUUCUGAGCAGAGACCGUACAACUGCCCUCAGCUGCACUGUGGCAAAGCCUUUGCAUCUAAGUACAAGCUGUAUAGGCAUAUGGCCACUCACUCUGCUCAGAAGCCUCAUCAGUGCAUGUACUGUGAGAAGAUGUUUCACCGGAAAGAUCACCUCCGCAACCACCUGCAGACCCACGAUCCCAACAAGGAGGCCCUCCACUGUCCUGAGUGUGGCAAGAACUACAACACAAAGCUCGGCUUCAGGCGACACCUGGCCAUGCACGCUGCCGCCAGCGGUGAUCUCAGCUGCAAGGUGUGCCUGCAGACGUUUGAAAGCACCCAAGUCCUGCUGGAGCACCUCAAAGCUCAUUCCAGACGAGCUUCUGGUGGAGCUAAGGAAAAGAAGCAUCCGUGUGACCACUGCGACAGACGCUUCUACACCCGGAAAGAUGUGCGGAGACACUUGGUAGUGCACACGGGGCGGAAGGACUUCCUGUGCCAGUACUGUGCUCAGAGGUUUGGGCGGAAGGAUCAUCUGACCAGGCACAUGAAGAAAAGCCACUCCCAGGAACUGCUGAAGAUUAAGACAGAGCCAGUCGACAUGCUGGGUCUUCUAAGCUGCAGCUCAUCCGUAGCGGUCAAAGAAGAGCUGAGUCCCGUCCUGUGUAUGGCAUCCAGAGACAUGAUAGGUGGUAAGAGCUUCCCUGGCAUGUUGCCUGUAGGCAUGUACAGUACGCAUCUCCAAACCAUGCCAAGCUCAGGGAUGCCCCAUUCUUUGGUUCCCAAUUCUCUUCCAAUGGGAAUGAGCUAUCCUCUGGAGUCGUCUUCUCCUAUCUCUUCCCCACCGCAACCUCCUCCAAAGUAUCAGCUUGGAUCUACCUCAUAUUUGCCUGAGAAACUACCCAAAGUAGAGGUGGACAGCUUUUUGUCAGACUUCCCUGGCAGCCUGUCUCUCUCAUCUGGUGAGCCUCAGUCCUCUUCGCCUCAGCCACCCGCUCUGGAUGAGGCUUUGCUUUCCAAGAGCCCUGCUAACCUUUCAGAGGCUCUCUGUGCUGCUAACAUGGACUUUUCUCAUCUUCUUGGCUUCCUCCCCCUAAAUCUUCCUCCUUGCAAUCCACCUGUAUCUUCAGGGGGAUUAGUCAUGGGCUACUCACAGGGGGAGACACAGCCACUGCUUUCCACUUUGCAACAUCAACCUCAAGAAUCUCCUGGAACUGGGGCCUCACUGAACUUUGGGCCCCUUCACUCGCUGCCCCCCGUCUUCACCUCAAGCUUGAGCACAACCACGCUGCCACGUUUCCACCAGGCAUUCCAAUAAGCUGAACAUAGCACUGGAGAACAGAUCUUUCAGUCACCCUUCUGUGGAGAGCCUUAAAAACGCACAACUCUUACUUCCCUUUGGGGUCUGAAAGCUUUGCAAAGCUGAUUCAGACAGGAGGUUUCUGGUCUCUGGCAGGAGCACUUGUAAGACUUGAACAGCAGAAAUUCCCAUGCCAGUCUCAGUCCUGUACAGCGAAAAGUUUUCAUCUAAUAGACUGGAUAUAUUUUAUCUAAUUUUUAAAUCUGUGAAUCAGGAGCCACACUUAGCACUGACCUUCCCUGAGAUCCUGGAGCUAUGUUCCUCUUUGGGAGGGGACUGUCCCUGAGAAGGAGUUGAGACUCUUUCAUCUCGGGCUAAACGUUUGGAGAGUCCAGCUUCCAUUUCAAGUGAUCACACUGCUAUUCUGGCAAAGCAGCUAAUACCUUCAAUGGAGAAGGAGAAGUCAAGAUACCCACGCUGUAUGAAGCCAACGGGGAAGAAGCUGUCCUUCCCCACUACCUCUCACCCAACACAGCUUACUCCAUCGAAUACAGAUGACUCCACAUCAGUGUUAAACAAAGGACCGUUUACAUGCAGAGUUCAGACAUCACCUCGUUCUUCUUUGCGGAGCCUUUAGGUUAAACUCAACACAGUGAACAUUGUUUACACAACGCAGUUCUGUUUCCACCGUUACAAAAAUAGGAGGCACCAGAACACACUGGCCUUAUAUCUGGUGUAGCUAGAACACUGUUUACACAACGAAGUCAGGUUGCACUGAUUUCUCUUCACGUAUCACAUUUUUCCCCCAUGGGGAAAUACAUUGCUUUCUGGACCACUUCAGCCUCUGCCACUGGAGGCAGCAGCUUCCUGCGUAUUUUCUCUGACUAUCCACGUGUCAAGGGGAUGGAGCAGCUUGCAGAACUAAGCUUAUGUUUGUGGUGUAUGUAUAGAGCCCUUUUAAAUAUCUCCUACAGGCAAACAGAUCAUACGUCUGUUUUGGAAACCAAAGCAUGAGAAAAGGCUGGGCUAGGAGGUGGGGGCCCACAGCUCCAAGUCUCGUCCUACCAGGCAGGGAGGAGAGCAAGCUUCAAGCCCCUAGGUUUGCUUUGUUUUAUGAACCACAACCAUUCAGCGAGGUCAGUACCUUCUGGCUUACCCAUGAAGCGGUCUCAAGAGAUGCAUGCUUAUUUUUUUUUAACCUGUCCUAGGGUGAAGACAUCCAGGAACUGGGAGGAAAAUUUGGUCCCAGCUUCAUUUACACUUGUCACUGUAUUUGAAGCAUUUUUCCCAACACUAAGUUCUAACAAAUGCUGAGGGUUCAGGCCUACAGUCACUCUUUCACUUAGAAUUUGGUCCCCCUGGCCUUUUUGUUCUCUGCUUAAGCCUUGCCUCCAGAAAUCCAAUCCUGCUCCCCCUGCUUCCAGUCCUACCUCCCAAAUCCUUCCCUACCUACUGUGCAGCCAAGCAGCAGCUGGCUGCUGGGUGUCAUUUAGCAUUUGUAUGGUCCCUGCUCUCACAUUCUUGAGCGUUCUCAUUGAACCUUAGAACCCGUUUCUGGUUAUAGACACAUGGAUCUUCAUACCUCAGCAUGCAGGAACUGCCAUAGGCCAAUAUCAGCCAGGAAAUCUGUCAGUAUGAUUCCCUGUAAAUCUAGGAAAUGCAAAAUCUACCUCUACUCUGUUAACUCUUUCAGUGAAGCCACAUACUGUCCUUGCUCACCUCCCCAGAGCACCCAUUUCAGUCAAUGGUACCUUCUGCUGAGCCACCGAUCCCACAGUGUGCCUGUGCUCAUGGGCUUGUCCCCUUCCAUUGUAGUGAAGAAUUUUAUUUUUAACUUAGUUUAGUGAUUCUUCCCAGAAUGACUUUGUAGUGAUCCACUGAUUCUCCAAAACAUAGAUCAGUUGUUUUAGAUUAGCCAGCAGUGCUGCAAGUAAUACUUCUGCAUCAAAAUGUAAUAUAAGAUUUAUUUACCUCGGCAAUGUCCUGUGGCAAUGAUUCCCCUGGGUUGAAUGCAGUACUUCCCUUUCUCCACUGUAAAUUGUUGCCUUUCCAAGUUCAACGAGUGCCUUCUUGUUCUCUAUCAUAGAAAAGGUAAAUAGGGCAUCGCAGCAGUCUUCUGUUUACCAUCACUGAAUACCUCAGUCUCAUCUGCUGUUGCUUUUCUCCUUGCAAAUUAAAGAGUUUCACAGCGUUACCAGUGAUAUGCAAGCCUUAACCCUGUCUUCAGUUUUAAGAGAAUAAAUGGGUCAGAAUGGAUCACUUACAGCAAGGAGUGUCAGAUUUAUGCAAUGCCAUUGCACACCUUCUUUCCUUUCUGGCCUUCUUGCUUUCUGCCUGCAUUGUACUCCAAACAGACGUCAGCACUGGAAUUCCUUUAGCAGCGGUAGCAGAGCUUAGAGCCAGGCAUCUUCCUCCUACCAGUAGUCUGUCAAAGAAUAAAUGGAAUUCGUUUCAC